AAAAUCCUGCAAGAAGCAUCGACCACCCUGAUGCGAAUCGAAGCGCAACGACACCCGACCGAAAAAGAAAUAAACAAAGACAGAGACAAGGAAAAACAGAACCAACCCGACAUCGAUACAAGACCAGAAAAACCGAAACAACCGAACAUCGAUGCCGCGGACAAGCCGCCGCAGCACGAGGACGAAAAAGAGUGCUGCAGCAGCAUCCUUUCGGCAAUUUCCAACGAAGAGAUCAGCAUCACCUCCGAAAUCCUCGACCAAAAAUCCUUCGUGCCACGCAAAGACAGCAACGGCGAAGAUAUGAACGGUCACAUUUGCCACAUCGACUCGCCAGAGACCGACACCUAUCCCAAUUCGGACGUCAUCCAUGGUGAGUCUUUGAUGGACGAUGUGGGUUCCAUGUUAGGUGAGCUGUACGGAUACGGUCUGGACAGCGUCGAAAAUACUUACACUGAUGACACGACCUUGUUCCAUAGCGACUUAGGGUCCGUCGCUGUUCCCGACCCAAAGUGGAGGCCCAAUUGGGAGAAGAUGACACCCAUUUUGGAUUCGAGAAUCCCGCCUUCAUACCCCAACAGAUGUAUUUGGACAACAAAUUCGAAGUGGAACCGCCGCCCCCUAGGUUCUGCAGUCUGGCAAAAUUCGUGGAAGGCAAUGAUAUAGCGAGAAAAUCGUUCAAGAGGCAACGUCCGACGAGCAAACUGUCAAAAACUGAGGCUAACGUCAACAGGCAGAGCAUUCUGAUGGAAGAAUCUGAAGAUAAAAUGCCUAGCAGCAAAGGAAGCCAGAAUAGCCUCAACAAAAUGGAGAAAGAAUUGUCCAAUGAAUCUGUCAGCAAGGAUGCUGAGGACGAGAAGAUCAAAGAAGAUGGCUGUAAAUUCCCCCGAGUGAGCGUGAUAGUAGAACCUCCCUCCCCCGUUCUAACCGAGCAGAUCCGGUCAGAGCGCUUAGAGCGAAUCCGCAUAGAAAUCGAGGGUGAUACCGACCCCGACCUAGAUCUACUAUGUUCGAAGGCCGAUCGGCUCUCCUCCAGCGACAGGACAGUCAGCAACAACAGUUCCAGCUCGAACCUGCUGGGCAUCGGCAGCGAGGCCUUCUUGACCCGAUCGCCGGCCGCCACGCGCAGAAUCUCUUGCUGCAGCAUGCUGAACCCGGUGGAGGCGGCGGCUCUGGCGGCAGCAGCGGCUACCAGCAAGUUCUACAGCGAGGCAGCGGCGGAGAAACGGGAGGAGAGGAAGGAGGAGAACAACAGGAAGAUGCCUAUCAUCAAUCCGUUGGUCAGGCUGCCUUCGUGGCCCAAUGUGACCACUGGCGGAGGCUUCAUCAGCAAAUGCCUUCUAGCUAACGCAGAUACUCUUUGUGCAGCCGUGAGUCCCUUGAUAGACCCAGAUGAAACCCUCUCGGAAGGAUUCUAUGAACGAUGUGUUAUGAACAACUAUUUCGGCAUAGG